UCAGCAUCACCUCAGACAGUCCCUCACUUCAUAACCUCGAAGCAAUAAUAACGACCCUGUUUAGUUUUUCAACCCAAAUCUGACGCCGGCCUCCGGCUUCUUCGUCGUCUUCUCCUGCCAAGAAUCGGAGAUGAUCGACUCGAAUUCCAUCUCCCUCUCAUAAUGAAGUCUCUCGAUACUCUCCUCGCCCUCCUUUUCCCCUCUCUCAUCCUCCUCCAUCUCUUCGUGGCUCCUUACACCAAAGUCGAGGAAUCCUUCACCAUCCAAGCCGCCCACGACAUCCUGGUCUACGGCACGCCAACCCACGACGUCAAUGCCCGCUUCAAGGCCACUUACGACCAUUUCACCUUUCCCGGUGCCGUCCCACGCUCGUUCGUUGGCCCCGUCCUCCUCGCCGGCGUGAGCCAGCCCCUCGUCCACCUGUCUGGCUUCUCCCACGCCCAGCUCGUCGUCCGCGCCGUCCUGGGCCUCUUCAACGCCGCAUGUCUCCUCUUCUUUGCGCGGUCCCUGGCCCGGGGCUUGGGUGUUGCCGUUGCUCGGUGGUGGGUGCUUCUCAUGGCAAGCCAGUUCCAUGUCAUCUUCUAUGCGUCGCGGACGUUACCUAACAUGUUUGCCUUUGGGUUGACUACCCUUUCUUCCGCCCUCCUUCUACCCCAUCCUGACACCCGAAAGGCGGCCGCCCGGCAACGUGUCGCCAUCUCCAUGCUCGUCUUCUCCGCCGUCAUCUUCCGUUCCGAGGUCGCCAUCCUCCUCGCCACAACCGGCCUUCACCUCCUCCUUUCUGGCCGGACUCCCCUCCCUCAACUCGUCGUCCCGUUCGCCGUCUCCUUCAUCGUCGCCCUCGCCAUUUCCGUCCCCAUAGACUCGUACUUCUGGCAGAAGCCCCUCUGGCCCGAGCUCUGGGCCUUUGCCUUCAACGUCCUCCGCGGCGGCGCCUCCGGCUGGGGCACGUCCCCGUGGCACUACUACUUCUCAUCCGCCCUCCCCAGACUCCUCCUGAACCCCCUGGUCCCGACCCUCCUCAUCCCUUUCGCCGCGACACACCCAGCCACCGCCCCUACCACGCGGGCCCUCCUCCUCCCAGGCCUGCUGUUCGUCUCCAUCUACUCCCUCCAGCCGCACAAGGAGGCCAGAUUCAUCUUCUACGUCGUGCCUUCUUUCACCGCCGCCGCCGCCCAGGGCGCCAACCUCAUCUUCGCCCGCCGGACCAAGGGCCUCUUCCCUCACGGCCUCCUCGCCGCCAUCGUCCCGCUCUCCAUCUUGGCCACCUUCGCCGCCGCCUCCGCCAUCCUCCUCAUCUCCGCCCUUAACUACCCCGGCGGCGAAGCACUAGCCCACCUGCACGCCAUUGUCGAUUCCUCUUCCCCCACCCCCCUCGCCGCCACCGACACCGCCACCGCCACCACCGCUGCCACCGCUGCUGCCACUGCUUUCGCCGACGACAACGCCACAGCCGCUACUUCUUUCGCCCCCGGCCCCGCUGCCCACGCCGACGUCCUCGCCUGCAUGACGGGCGUCACCCUCUUCGCCCAGAACCGAGCCGGCCUGCCGCUUCUCGGCGGUCGCACAAUCAACGACGAAGAUGUCCAUCCACUCCACCACCACGACGGCUCGUCCCCGCUCUCCCUCGACCUGGACAAGACGGAGAACCCCACCGUGCUGCGUGACCCGGCCUUCUGGUCGCGCUUCGACUACCUCCUCAUGCAAGACCCGUCGCACGUAGCCGGUGGCGCCUGGGAUACCGUCGCCGUCGUGGAGGGCUACGCGGGCAUUGAGAUGCUGCGCCCCGGGCGCAGUGACGACGCCUCCUCUCCCGACCUGGAGGCACGAGCACCGGGGAAGAAGAGAGAGGGGGGGAAGCAGGAUCAGGUUGUCGGCAGGGGACGUGUGGUCGCGGAGGUCAAGAACCGCGUCCGGGCCCUGACUGGCGGGUGGUGGAUUGGCCCGCGCAUGGAACCGAGAAUCUAUAUCCUGGAACGUGUGAGGGACCUGGGGAAUGGCCCCGUGGCUGUCGCGUCGGAGUGAAUUUUUGUUUCUUCCCCUUCGCUCAAGACCAGCCUAAUAAUUAAGACCUUGGGUUGAUGCAUCAAUUAUAAGUGUCCUCCUGACAUAUUCUCAUAGUACAAUUAAUAGAGUCGCCCACUCUUGCGUGAGCGCUGGGACCUGAGACUUUGCCCAAAGCUAUUCGUCUGUCCAUUCAUUCGCUUGUCUCCCGUUGUUCCACCGUUACUGUAUAUAAAAUACGAGGGAUAUGAUGACGCAGAAGCAGG